AUGAUUCAAUUUAAUUGUGAUGGUUCACUUUCAACAACUACAAAAUGGACAAUAAAGAAUUGUACUUCAACUAGAUGUUCAUUUGAAAUUGUAUUAAAUGAAAAGGUUAUGACAACAUUUAGUGAACUUUAUAUUCCAUCAAGAACUCUUGCUUAUGGUGUUUAUCAAAUAACAUUAACUGUAACAAUGAUUGGUUCACCAAAUUUAAAAUCAUCAUCUUCAGUUUAUGUGAGAAUAACUGCAACAGGUAUAACAGCAAAUCUUGUUCAAUUAGGAACGUCUAUGAUAACACGAGGUGAUCAACAAGAUCUUCUACUUGAUCCUGGAACAUUUUCGGUUGAUCCUGAUGAAGAUACAUUUGAUGCAACUAAAUGGAAAUAUACAUAUUAUUGUCGAAUUUAUGAUUUAUAUAAUUUUCCAAAUAUACAAGGAAUAUUAUUAUCAAUUGGUGAUUCAACAAUUGAUCCUUAUAAUCCAUCAUGUUUGUCAAAUCGAUCAGGAAAUGGAACAGGAUUGAUAUUCGGAAAUUUAACUUUAUCACCUAAUUCAUCUCUCAUAGUUCUCGGUGGUUCACUUCAAUCUAAUCGAAUGUAUCAAUUUAUGGUCUAUAUGGAAAAUCGUAAGAAUUCUUCUAUUCAAGCAACAGGUUAUGUACUUGUUACAAUUGAACUUACUCAUCCACAACUGAUUGCUGUUGGUUGUGUAAUAUCACCAAUGUGUGUUCCAAAUCUUGAAUUUCAACUUCUUAAUCCAACAACACAAGUUGCUUUAUUUACUGUGUGUAUUGGAACUUGUUCGAAUCUUCAAAGUAUUAAAUGGAAUAUUUAUCAAGGAUCAGACAAUUCAACAUCUUCAAAUUCUACUCAAUGGACUUUAUUUAAUCAAGCAAGUUCAUAUGAAAAUAUUUGGUUUUUUGGUACAAAUACAAGUAAUUUCACAGCAACAGAUCUAUUAUUUCUUAAUAAUCUUCAAAUAAGUCUUUGGCGUUUUGAAGUUGUUUAUACAUUUCUAUCUGCAAUAAGUACAAGUGCAUUGAAUUUUAUUAUUAAUCAACCGCCUGCAAAUGGUUCCUGUUCAAUUAAUCCUCUUAGUGGUACUAUAACUACUUUGUUCACUAUUGAGUGUCCAGAUUGGUAUGAUGUUGAUGGAAUACAAGAUUAUUCGUUAUAUGCAUGGACAACAGACAUAUCACAACGAACAAUAAUUGCAUUUUCACCAGAAGAUAAUUUUCAAGUUCGAUUACCAGCUGGUGAUAAUGAAACUUCAUUACUUAAUCUUGUUGUUUACGUUCGAGAUCUUGCGGGUUCUGUUACACAAGUGAAUAUAUUUUCUGUCAUUAUUAUUGCAGAUACCGCAACAAUCAAUGAUUUAAUUGAUAAAAUAACAAAUUUAUCGAGUACAAUAACAAAUAAUCCUAUUGUUCGAUUACUUUCAAGUGGAAAUCAAAAUAUUGUUGGACAAAUAAUGACUGCAUUAUCACAAGAAUUCAAUCAAAUGAAUAAUGACAAUUUAGAUAAAGCUAUUUCAAGUGGAAUACCAGCUGCAUCGAUUUUAGUAUCAUCAUUAGGAAGUUCAAGUUUACAACAAGUUUCAAUACCAUUGAAUGAAUCAGCUUUGAUUAAUUAUAAUAUACAAUUAAAUUCUCUGGCAAAUGUUCGAGAUUAUUUAAUAACAUUUAUAACUAAUCUUCUCAUAACAACAUCAAAUAGUAUUAUAUUACAAUCAUCAUCAUUAGUUCAAUUAACUCAAUCAACAAAUCAAUUAACACGAAAUACUUUAAUGCUUGUAUCAAAUAGAUGCUACGAAUUAUCUGCUGCAUUGUAUUCAAUAUUUGAAAAAAUCUCAUAUGAAGAUGCUCAAUCAGCAUCAAAUCAACUUUUUCAAUGUGCUUCAAAUAUUUUAAAUGCUGUGAAUGGACCAUUACAAGGACGAACAGAGGUACUUGAUUUAGAUAAUUCUCGUGCAAAUGUCAUAUCUACUGAUUAUGAUACUGAUCUUGAAUCUGCAUGGUCAAAUUUAAAUUUAUUUUCUCAUGGAAAUGAUUUUUCUACUGAAACAAUUGAAAAAAAUCGAAAUAUUUAUUAUCAAAAACAAUUAGCAAAUCAAAUCAAUAGUCAAGUGACACAAAUGAUAUCGUUAUUAACUUCUUCGUUAAAUAUUCAUUUAAAUAUUGGUCAAAGUUCACUAAUGAAUACAUCUCAAUCAUUUGUAUCAUUAGAAACUAUAUCAAUUGCAUCACUUAAAGAUAGAUUAGUGAAACAAGUUGAAAAUGCUCAAUUUAAUAUUCCAUCAGAUUUUAUUUUAAACACAACGUCUAAUUCUUCAAUUUCACUUCGAUCCAAAAUAGAUCCACUUGCUUCAUUUGGAAAUUUUCAAAAUACAAAUCUUUCAAGAGCAAUUUCACUUUCGAUUAUUGAUCAAAAUGGAAAUGAAGUUUCUUUUGAAGCCCACCAAAAUAAUCCAAUACAAUUGAUUAUUCCUCGUGAUCCAAAUAUAUUAAUUCCAUCAAUGUAUUUACAAAAUGUUACAUCAAUUAAUUCAACUAUUAAUAAUUUAUUAUUUAAUUAUCAUUAUAUUAAUAUAACAAGUUCACUUCCAAUUUCAGUUCAUUUUGAAAUCCAUUCUUUAAAUCGAAGUCUUGCUUAUUUAUUUAUUUAUAAAUUUGAUCAAACGCCACAAUUAAAUAGUUCAAUCAAUCUAAUUGAUGGAUGGACAAUGUUCUGUCCUUUCAAUUUAACCAAUGAUGAUAUAUAUCGAUAUUUUAUUGAUAAUCAACAAACACCUGGUCAUCAAUCAUUAAUAUUUGGAAUAAGAGAAUUAAAUUCAACAGAAAUUAAUAAUUAUUGUUUAAAUAAUUCUUCAAUAAAUACGUCUUUACCAAUCACCGAUGAAUCGAUUAAUUUUACAUCAAAUUAUGAACUUCGCAUAUAUACAUCAGGUUGUUAUUAUCUUGAUGAUAAUAAUAAUUGGAAAUCAGAUGGAUUAAUUGUUGGAUCAUUAACAAACCAUUAUGAAACUGAAUGUCUUUCAACUCAUUUGACAACAUUUGCUGGUGGUUUUAUUGUUUUACCUGCACCAAUUAAUUGGAGUUAUGUUUUUGCAAAUGCUGAUUUUAUGAAAAAUAAAACAGUUUAUUUAACAAUGAUAGUGACUUCAAUAAUUUAUAUUAUUUUAAUGAUUUAUGCACGUUUUAAAGAUAAAAAAGAUUUUGAAAAAUUGGGAGUAACACCAUUAGCUGAUAAUAAUAAAUCUGAUCAUUAUUAUUAUCAAAUUCUUGUUUUUACUGGUCAAAGAACAAAUGCUGGAACAGAUUCAAAAAUUUUUCAACGUGGUGGAAUUAAUUCUUUUAUUAUUGCUGUUCCAAAAUCAUUGGGAUUGUUAAAUUAUAUUCGUAUAUGGCAUGAUAAUACAGGUGAAGGUUCUUCAGCAUCAUGGUUUUUAAAAUAUAUUAUUGUUCGAGAUUUACAAACUUUGGAUAAGUUUUAUUUUAUUUCUCAACAAUGGUUUGCAGUUGAAAAAGAUGAUGGACGAAUCGAACGAAUUUUACCAAUUGCUAAUGACGCAGAAAUGCAAGAAUUUUCAUAUGUAUUAUCAAAAAAAGCAUAUCAUAGUAUUUCCGAUGGUCAUUUAUGGUUUUCAAUAUUUUCUCGUCCACCAUCAAAUAAAUUCACACGUGUUCAACGAUGUACAUGUUGUUUUGUUUUAUUCUUUACUUCGAUGUUAAUUAAUAUCAUGUAUUAUGAUUUAUCAAAUGAAGCGAAUGCAUCAAGUGAAACACAUAAUGUUGCUUUAUCAAUUGGUCCUUUUUAUAUAGCACCACAACAGAUUGGAAUUGGUAUAAUGGUCGAAUUAUUUACAUUUAUUCCAAGUCUCUUAAUUGUUCAAUUCUUUCGACGUAUUCGAGCUCGUCGACAAAUUGCACCAAUACGUGAAGCAUUAUAUAAGAUGAAAUCAUCUCAAAAAACUUCGGAAGAUAUCCCUGAAAUUAAGAAAAAGAAAUCUUCAAUAACAUUUCCUUGGUGGUGCUUAUUUAUUGCUUAUGGUCUUUCAUUGAUAAUUAUUGCUGUUUCAAUAUUUUUUAUCAUUGUUCGAGGAAUUGAAUUUGGUGAUGUCAAAACUCAACAAUGGUUAACAUCAGUUCUUACUGGUUUUUUCUCAUCGGUUAUUUUUACUCAACCUAUUAAAAUUAUAUGUUUGGCUAUAUUCUUUAUAUGUUUUUGUCGAAAUUCAAAAGAUGAUAAAGAAACAAGUGAAUAUAUAAAUGAAGAUGAUGAAUUUAAUAUAUCUAAUGAUGAAGAGUAUCUUCAUUCACCUGAGUAUCGCUCAAUAUUUUCUUCCCAAUCUCGAAAAAGUAUUAAUCGUCUUAAUGAAAAUGAAAUUAUUUAUGCUCGUGAUCAACGUUUAAAAGAAAUUCAAAUGUGGGCAAUUAUUCGCGAAUUCAUUAUUUGUUUCACAUUUGCCAUAUUAGUUUUUAUAAUAACUUAUUCAAGUCGUGAACAACAUAGUUUCUUUCAAGUCAAUCAUUUACGAGCUUAUUUUCUCAAUCAAAGACAAACGACUGCUGAUUAUACUCAAAUCAAUACGAUCGAUGAAUAUUGGUAUUGGUUAGAAAAUAGUUUUGUUUCAAAUAUUCGUGCACAACAAUGGUAUAAUGGAGAUAUUCCACAAUAUUUAAAUGGAUUUUUAAAUGAUAAAUCUAAUCGAUUAAUUGGUUGGGCAACAAUCAGACAAUUGCGUGUUAAAUCAGAAUUAUGCCCCGACCAACGUAUUAUUUCAAUAUGUGAAGAUAGUUAUAGUUUUGCUAAUGAAGAAACACAAUUAUUUCAACCAGGAUGGACAACAAAUGCGACGACCGAAGAAUUCAGUUCAUCAGUGAUAAAAGCAUUUAACUAUUCUACGAGUGAUGAAUUAGAUACAUAUUCGUAUAUAGGUGAAUUUGGAACAUAUAGCGGAGGUGGUUAUAUCUAUGAAUUUCGUGGCCCUUUAUCUGAUAUGAAAACAAAUCUAUCUACACUUCAUCAAUUAGAUUGGAUUGAUGAGAAAACAAGAGCUGUUUUUAUUCAACUAACAUUAUAUAAUCCAAGUGUUCAAUUAUUAACUGCAGUUACUUUACUUGCUGAAUUUUUACCAACAGGUGGUGUUUAUACAACAGCCCAUUUUGAACCAAUUAACUUCUACACAUUUACAUCAAUAUUACAAUUAGUUUGUACAAUUUUCUACAUAUUUUUUAUUAUUUAUUUUAUAAUUAUUGAAAUUCGAUUACUAUUUGAAUUAAGAUUAAAAUAUUUUCAUCAAUUUUGGUCAAUAAUUCAAUCAGGUAUAAUUGGUUGUUCAUUGGGAAGUAUUGGAGUUUAUUUUUGGCGUUUUCAAGAAACUAAUCGUAUAAGUCAAUUAUUCGAACAAACAAAUGGUUAUAUUUAUAUCAAUUUACAACUUGCGGUUUAUGUUAAUGAUAUUUUAACAUUUCUUCUUGGUUAUUGUUGUUUUUUUAGUACGAUUAAAUGUCUUCAAUUACUUCGUUUUAAUCAACAAAUAUCGUUAUUCUCUGAAACAUUAAAAUAUUGUGCAAAAGCACUGAUUUCAUUUUCAAUAAUGCUUGCAAUUGUAUUUAUAGCAUUUCUUUGUUUAUUUUAUUUAUUAUUUGUAUCCAAACUUUCGUCAUGUUCAAGUUUAUUAAACACUGCUCAAAUGCUUUUUAAAAUGACAUUAGUCAAAUGCGGUGCAUCACAAAUAGUGGAAGCUGAUGCUUUUCUGGGUCCAUUCUGUUUUACGUUAUUUAUAUUUCUAGUUGUUUUUGUUUGUUUAAGUAUGUUUCUUUCAAUAAUUAAUGAUAGUUUUCGUCAUGCAAAACAGAAUCAAAAAGAAGAUCAAAUUAUAUUAUCAUUUAUGCUAAAGAAAUUUUUACGAUGGACAGGUCUGAAAAAAUUAAAUCAAUCAGAAAUUCAAGAAGAACGAGAUUGUCGAAUGCGUUCACAGUAUGUUGAUUCAAUAGAUAAUUUUUCCAACAGAAUCGAUCAAUUAUUAGAAGCAUUUGAUAGAAUUUAUGUCGAUCAACAAGCAGAAUUAUUAAGAUUGAAAAAAGCCGGAGUUUAG